UUUUCAAACAAUUCCUUUGCAGAAACAACUUUUUUAUUGAAUUGUUUUAAAAAAUGACUAAUUAUUAUUGGAUUAUUGCACGACAUUCUCAAUUGGCUCUCGAAGUUGAAGGUGGGAAUAUUUCAAAUGGUGCCAAAAUCGUCCAAUUUACUAAAAAAUCCGAGCUUGACCCUACCGUUGAUACACAACUCUGGUAUUUUAAUGGCGGAUAUAUUACCAACAAAAGGUCUGGUCUCGUGCUUUCUAUCGCCGAAAUGAAAAUCGGAGAUUGUGCGCAAAUUAUUCAACAUGAAAAAUACGUACCUUCUACCGCUCAAGAAUGGGAUUAUGACUACAAGGACAAUACUAUCAGUUUGAAAUCUAAUCGAAAAUUCGUCCUUGAUGUUACAGGAGGAAAAUGCGAUAACCAUACCCCUAUCAUCUUGUGUUACAAGCAUGGUGGUGGGAAUCAACAAUUCAUUUUAGAAAAGUGGAAUGAUGUUUCACUUGUUGAAAAUAUAGUAGAGUGCAUUAUUGAUAAUUGUAAAUUUUUACCAAAAUUAUCACAAAAUUUCCUUGAAAUUUUGAAUGAUGACGAGUAUUAUGAUAUUAAUAUUGAAGUUGGUAAUGAUCCCCAUGUGAAAAUAUUUCACGCUCAUAUGGCAAUUUUAAAUUAUCGUUCUUCUUACCUACGAAGAAUUUUUUCAGCUAACAAAAAGAAAAAUGAUGGAACUUUGAUGCAUAUUAAACUACCUAAUAUUUUACCUGAUAUUUUUGAAAUAAUUUUAAGGUAA